UAUCCAGCCGACGUCGGUGCAUAUACCUAUGGCUUAGGACACCCAAUGAAGCCUCACAGGAUACGGGUCACACACGAUCUAGUCACCGCCUAUGGCAUGCUCGACAAGAUGCACGUCUUGAGAGCUAAACGCGCCACACCCGAAACAAUGACCUCCUUCCACACAGACGAAUACGUCCACUUUCUCAACAGAGUAACUCCAGAAACGUCCGAAGAGCUGACUUACCACGGAACCAGAUUUCUCGUAGGAGAAGACAACCCCGCAUUCGAAGGCGUCUUUGAAUUCUGCUCCAUCUCCGCAGGAGGCUCAAUAGCCGCCGCCCAACGCAUAACCUCCGGCGCAGCCGACAUAGCCAUAAACUGGGCCGGCGGCCUACACCACGCCAAAAAACGGGAAGCCUCGGGGUUCUGCUACAUCAACGACAUCGUCCUCGGCAUCCUCGAGCUCCUACGCACCUACCCACGCGUCCUCUACAUCGACAUCGACUGCCAUCACGGCGACGGCGUCGAAGAAGCGUUCUAUACCACCGAUCGCGUGAUGACGUGCAGCUUUCAUAAAUUUGGAGAGUACUUUCCUGGGACGGGGACGCAGGAGGAUAAAGGACGUGGGAGGGGACGUGGGUAUGCUGUUAAUGUUCCGCUUAAGGAUGGGAUUACGGAUGAGAGUUUUAGGAGUGUUUUUGAACCUGUCAUCACGAAAAUCCUAGAAACCUUCCAACCUUCCGCUAUAGUCCUCCAAUGCGGUGCAGAUUCUCUAGCAGGUGACAAACUGGGUUGUUUCAACCUAACAAUGCACGGGCACGCACACUGUGUCCAAUUCGUGCGAAAACAGAAUAUACCGUUCAUACUCCUCGGUGGGGGUGGGUACACCGUUAAAAACGUAGCACGGACAUGGACGUACGAGACGGCGUGUGCGCUUGGGAUAGAAGAGAGCAUUGAUCCGAAUUUACCGUGGAAUCAGUACUUUGAGUGGUUUGGGCCACGGUAUAGGUUGGAGGUUGCGGAGAAUAAUAUGGAUGAUUUGAAUGUUAGGGAUGGGUCUUUGGAGAAGGUUCGGAUAACUGCCCUGGAACAAUUAUCACAGUUACCGGGCGCACCGUCCGUAGGGAUGCAUGAUGUCCCUAGACAAAAUGAUGAUUUGGGACGGGAUGAGUUGGAUGAUCGGUUAGCUCGUACGUCUCCCUUUCCUUCUUUCCUUCCUUCCUUCCUUCCUUCUCUUCCUUACUAA